GAGAGGGAGCAGAGAGGAGAGGAGUCGCUCUCACAUCAGUCAGUGGCUUCAUGGAGUUAUGUACCUCUGAUCCGCCGCCAUGGAUUGCCCUCCGCGAUUACUUUUCCUCAUUUUACCGCUUUUGUUGUCGUGCGUCCUCCCGGUGUUUGCCAUCAUCUACCCUCCUAAUGAAGUCAAUCUGUUAGACUCAAAAGCAAGCCAAGGGGAGUUAGGAUGGAUUUCGUACCCAUCACAUGGGUGGGAGGAGAUCAGCGGGGUGGAUGAGCACUACACCCCCAUCAGGACCUUCCAGGUCUGCAAUGUGAUGGAGUACAGCCAGAACAACUGGCUUCGCACCAACUGGAUCCCACGCCGGUCGGCGCAGAAAAUUUACGUGGAGCUGAAGUUCACCCUGAGAGACUGCAACUCCAUCCCGCUGGUCCUCGGCACCUGCAAGGAGACCUUCAACCUCCUCUACCUGGAAACUGAUGACGAUCAGGGCAGUCACUUCCGAGAGCACCAGUUUUCCAAGAUUGACACCAUUGCUGCCGAUGAGAGCUUCACCCAAAUGGAUCUCGGCGAUCGCAUUCUGAAGCUCAACACGGAGGUGCGUGAGGUGGGGCCCAUGACCAAGAAGGGCUUCUACCUGGCGUUCCAGGAUGUGGGUGCAUGCGUAGCGUUGGUUUCGGUGAGGGUUUACUUCAAGAAGUGUCCGUACACUGUGAGGAAUCUGGCCUCCUUCCCCGACACGGUGCCGAUGGACUCCCAAUCGCUGGUGGAGGUGAAAGGUUCCUGCGUCAAUCAUUCAAAAGAGGAGGAACCUCCACGAAUGUACUGCAGCACAGAGGGGGAGUGGCUUGUUCCCAUUGGGAAGUGUCUCUGUAACCCAGGAUACGAAGAACGAAGCAGCACCUGCCAAACAUGCAGGGCCGGUUUCUACAAAUCUGCACUUGGAAAUACAGAGUGUUCAAAAUGCCCACCUCAUAGUUUGUCUCACCACGAGGGGGCACUGCACUGCAGUUGUGAGAAGAACUUCUUCCGUGCUGACGGUGACCCCGCCUCCAUGGCAUGUACCCGUCCUCCUUCAGCUCCUCGGAAUGUGAUAUCAUCCAUCAAUGAGACUUCGGUCAUCCUGGACUGGAGCUGGCCUGAAGACACGGGUGGCCGCCGGGAUAUCAUCUUCAAUGUUGUCUGUAAACGCUGCCGCGGCGGGAGUGCAAAUAACAGUAACGGUGGUGGCCACCGUUGUGAGCCAUGUCGGAGCAAUGUGCGAUUUCUGCCAAGAGCUAAGGGCCUCCACAACACCACAGUGACAGUGGCCGACCUACUUGCUCACACCAACUACACCUUUGAGAUUGAGGCCCAAAAUGGUGUAUCAGCACUGGCACCCAAGAUGAGGCAAUAUGCUGCUGUUACUAUCACCACCAAUCAAGCCGCUCCCUCUCAAGUAACCGUGAUCAGAAAGGAGAAAACAUCUCGAAAUAGCGUUUUCUUGUCUUGGCUGGAGCCAGAGAGACCCAACGGCAUCAUUCUCGACUAUGAGAUCAAAUACUACGAGAAGGAGGAGCAAGAGACCAGUUAUACCAUCCUCCGUGCUCGGGGAUGUAACGUGACUCUAAGUGGUUUGAAGGCCAACACUGCCUACCUGCUGCAGAUCAGAGCUCGAACUGCAGCUGGAUACGGCGCAAGUAGCCUUAGUUUCCAGUUUGAGACCAGCCCUGAUUCAGCCUUCUCCAUCUCCAGUGAAAGCAGCCAAGUUGUUCUGAUUGCCAUUUCCGCUGCCGUGGCCAUCAUCCUGCUGACUGUGCUGCUCUAUGUCCUGAUUGGCAGGUUUUGUUGCCGCAGCAAAUCCAAACAUCCUGAUGAGAAAAGACUACACUUUGGCAAUGGCCACCUGCAUCUGCCAGGUAUCCGGACCUACGUGGACCCUCACACAUAUGAGGACCCCAGCCAGGCUGUGCAUGAGUUCGCCAAAGAAUUGGACGCCUCCUGCAUUGCCAUUGAUAAAGUGGUUGGAGCGGGUGAGUUUGGAGAAGUCUGCAGUGGUCGCCUGAAGCUGCCCAGUAAGAAGGAGAUCUGCGUUGCCAUAAAGACACUUAAGGGUGGAUACACAGACAAACAGAGGCGGGACUUUCUUGCCGAGGCAUCAAUAAUGGGACAGUUUGAUCACCCCAACAUCAUCAGGCUGGAAGGGGUGGUAACACGCAGUAAACCUGUGAUGAUUGUCACAGAAUACAUGGAGAAUGGAUCUCUCGACAGCUUUUUGAGGAAACAUGAUGCCCAGUUUACAGGCAUCCAGUUGGUUGGAAUGCUGCGUGGCAUUGCCUCAGGUAUGAAGUACCUGUCAGACAUGGGCUACGUUCACCGAGAUCUGGCAGCUCGAAACAUCCUGGUCAACAGUAACCUGGUGUGCAAAGUGUCAGACUUUGGUCUUUCUCGAGUCCUGGAGGAUGACCCAGAGGCAGCAUACACCACCAGAGGAGGUAAGAUCCCCAUCCGGUGGACAGCUCCAGAGGCUAUUGCCUACAGGAAGUUUACAUCAUCAAGCGAUGCAUGGAGUUAUGGCAUUGUGCUCUGGGAAGUGAUGUCAUAUGGGGAACGACCAUACUGGGAGAUGUCCAAUCAAGAUGUGAUAAAGGCUGUAGAUGAGGGUUACCGUCUCCCUCCACCUAUGGACUGCCCUGCAACCCUCUACCAGCUAAUGUUGGACUGUUGGCAGAAGGAAAGGAACAAUCGACCUAAGUUUGAACAGAUUGUCAGCAUCUUGGAUAAACUCAUCCGCAACCCCAGUAGUCUAAAAAUCACUGCCAACACCACAUCCAGGCCAGCCAACUUGUUGUUAGACAGGAGCAGCUCAGAAGUUCCCUCAGUGGGUUCGAGGGCUGACUGGAUGGAUGGGAUGAGGACGUUGCCCUGCAAGGAGGCAUUCUCCGGGGUCAGCUACAGCUCCUGUGACACGCUGGCCAAGACCUCCACAGAGGAUCUAAAAAAGGUUGGGGUGACCAUUGUUGGAACCCAGAAAAAGAUCGUGAGCAGCCUCAAGGCCUUGGAUUCCCAUACCAAGAAUGGACCAGUACCUGUUUAAAAAAAUGAAAUGAAUAACAACAUGAAUAAACACCAGUGACCUGUCUGCCAGUCUGUACUAACAGACUGCGGUCUCUGCUCUCCAGUCUCCAGUAAAUGAAGGAAUUAUUGGACAGUAUUCAAAUGAGGGUUUUGAUUGUUCCCCUCAAAGACGAUAUCAAGCCCUGUUUGUGAAACGGGGAAAGUUGUGUACAUUCUGCUCAGCUCUUGAAGUGGCUGACUCUACAACCUUUCAAUCUUCCAUACCCAAGUUGAGAUGCCUUACAGACCAAUGGGGGGUAGAGAGAGCAGCGUAGAGCCAAGGAUGCCUGGAUGGAUUACAGACUGUAUCUGGAUUGAGACACAAGGCAGGGAUUGGACAAAUUUAAUACCAGAGUUUCCCAGUGUUGACUGAGCAAGACAGUGAGAGGUCUAUGAUGGACAGAUGUGCUCACUGUCCCCUCCCAGGUCAUGGAUAAGGUGAUGAAAUGGUUUAAAUGCCUUGUCCUGAGGAGCAUAGUGGAUGGCAGGAGCUCAUCCAGACAUGAAGACUUCCUGAAUUAAUUCAAUCUGAGUUUUUAUUUUAACUACCUACAUUUACUGUGUUUAUCCAUAACAGAUCUGAGCUGGUAUUCACACCUAGUCAAUAAUCGAGCCAUUGUAUUCUGUAGCUCUAUCCUAUAGUGUUUGCAUUCAGUAGACGUAUCACAUUAAAGCAAUAAUUAUGAUGAUUAAGUUAUGUAGUUUUAUCAUCACAAUGUAUUGAACGCUGUGCAUUGAAGAUACAGGGGACAUAACAUUUUUUUUUAAGGUGACAUCUUGACAAUUUGUUCAAUGUGCACAUGAAAAGAUCUUGUAUAGUUACUGCAAUGCCCUGUGCGAAAUCUCAGGAUGUACAUGUUCAUUCUAUUUUCUAUAACAGUGGGGAAAAGCCAGCAAGACCUUGAAGCAGAGCCAUGAAUUGAAAGUAUAUCCUGUAGGUAAGAGGGGAACAAGAAAAAUGGGGAUGCUGCAGAAGAGAAAGAAAAAUCUUUAAGCAACAGCAUUCAGUUUUCUGUUCAUUGUUGUUCUGCUGCUAAGUGGUUUAAAUUAUUAGCAAUUACUUGUUUAUUCUUCAGGGAAGACGAGGUACAACACCAUCCAGAAUUUCUUUUGAAUUGGGAUAUUCUGUACGAAUGGGUUUUUUGUAUGUUUCUUAGAAAUUAAUUCAGUUGAUGUCAUCACUGAUAGUUUGUUCAAAUCUAUACCAAGUUUCUAUUUUUUUCCGAAUCAGUGGACAAACCAUAACUUACUAACAAAUCCCAUAUGGGAACACUAAUUUUCUUCAUUCAUCCGGAAUGCACUCACAGAAGAACUCUUUUGCUAGUUUACAAAUAUAUUUGAGUCCAUAAUUCCUGGAGUUGCAGUUAUUGCAUAGUGUCCUGUGCCUCCUGAAAUUAGACACGUUUGUAUUUGGUGGUGUCAAGUAAUGACAUUGUCAGCACUCUUAAGUAAGGUUAACCUCUAUGACAGUAGAGCAACAUGGCUGGGCAUCUGACUUGUGUCUUAGUUUGAAGCAAUGCUGUACUUUUUAUUUUACUGAGAUUUUUGGUUAGUAUUAUGGUUGACUUAAGCCUACUGCAUACUCCAGCAGAUGAUGGUUCCACGGCGCCAGUUCAACCAUGUUUACAAAAGUAUAUGAAUAACCCACAAGGAGAA